UAUCCAUCAUAUCCAUCAUCAAUCCCACUCACAACUUGAUAGUCAUAUCUGACUGAUUAAACAUUAAACAUUGAUUGUUUGAAUUCCCGCUUUGACGGGAUUAGCUUAGGCUAAUUAUUUACUACACGAUUGCUAGAUAUCUGACAUUGUAAUACGGCUUCUGGCCGCAUCGCACAUUCGCAAGUCAGAGACAUAUUCAUUCCAUCCCCUCAAACAGAAACAGCAGAACAGAUGAUGGCGCCGGUCGAGCGUGACGCACCGGUCGACCGGCCUCUAAGACAUCAGCAUUCUUCUUCAAUUGGAGCUAUAGUACCAAUGUGGGAUAGCUCUGACCCGGAGCGGGCGCCGCCCCCUCUCCCGAUGAAUCCCCAGUCGCCCGGUGUAGGACCAUCACGCAGUGGCACAUCGUUAGCCAUUCAAUCUGCGCACGCCGCCUUGACAGAGAAGGCGCGUGAGCACGCACUAGUCCCCUCACUCGCAAAACGUAUGAACGACACAUCACCUGAGCGCGCUCUAGUUCAGAGAACAACAAGCCCCCAUAAGCGAAUGCAAUCUAUGCAACCAGGCAGUGUUAGAGACCUCAGCCUGAUGAUCGAAGGCUCGAGAGAUCGCGACUCUGCGAACUCUACUCCUCGAGGUUCACCCGAAAAAGAUAGAUCUGCGAGAUCACAAACAAGACCACAAACACCGACUCGCGGCCGGGACUACGACAGAGAGUCAAGAUCAGCUGAGAAAGAGAACACCGCCCCUGGCACACCUACACCAAUGGCGGCGAAUUUGAGCUCCAUGGUUCGCCCCUCUGUGAGGAAGCCACCACAGAGCAUUCUUGGUGAAAACACACCACCGCAAUCUGCCACCAUGCUGGCCUUGCAAAAUAUGCCUUCCGUAUCCUCCCGGGACAUCGAAUCUCCAUUGGCGAAUGUUACAAACAACUCUGCACCCAUGAUGAAACCGCAUCCUUCCACAGAACACCUUUCCAAUCAACUUAUUACCUUGACCAAUAUUGCAACCGCUCUUCAAAAGGAAAUGUCUCAGUUGAGCCGUCGAAGUAGAGACAAUGCUACCGACUUGAUGAGCCUCAAAGAGGCUACACAUGCUAGAGAUGAGGAUAUUCGAAAGAGCCUGCGCGAGCUAGCUUUAAACUCCGGCUCGGACACUUCUCGGUAUCAUCGAGAUACCUAUACUGGCGGACUGUAUCUUGACAACAAGCCUUUCAACAACAUGUCGCCCGGGCCAGGGAAGAUGGGGCGACCGAUCUCUCUUCCAAGGAUCCCGUCGCCGAAUAGUUUCGCGGCCUCCAUUGAUCGAGAGUCGAUCAUGAGCACACCAUCUCUUGUAGGAGGGGAAUCGUCCCCUGCGACAAUGGCAUUACUCGAAAAGAUUAUCAGAGACAUGGGCACAAAAGAUGGCCAGGAAUCAAUCGUUGGUCGCCUGUCUGAGUUAGCAGACAGGCUAGCCGGCAUGGCUUCAGCCGACAAAGUGGAAGAGCUUAUCCACCACCUGAGAAUAUCUAGCGAACACCCAGCUCACCCUACCAAUGGCGGUAGACUGGAGAAGGGAAGGUCAAUGAGUUUCAGUAGUGAUGAUUCCGGAUCAAAAAUUAGCGGCGUGGUGAAUCACAGAGUUGAAAAGCUGAUGAACGGCAAAGACACUCGGCGACCAUCAGUUACGACACGAGUUAACGAUGCUCUGAAUGAUGAUAUCGUCAAGGUCAUUCGUGCCGUCAAAGAUAGCGUUGCCCAGGCAGGAGGUAUGACGGCUGAGGUUAAAGCCCUUGUCCGAGAGCUUCGCGGUGAGGUUCUUGGGAUGGGGAGGGAGAUCAGCAGGAAGCUAGAUGACUGGCAUGGUAAAUCUCCCAGCAAAAGCGAAACUGCUAGUCGGGCGGAGCUAGCAAGAAUUGUGGAGGAGGGAUUGGAACAGAUAAGGGUUUACAUGGCACAUCGUCUUCGAGAUCACAGACGAGUAUCAUCUGAGAUAGAGAAGCCUGCCAUCGAUUACCAAGAGAUCUACAACGCCCUAAGGACCGCUUUAAGCGACUCAGAAGCCACCCGACACCACGACCCGAAACUUAGCCGAGAUGAUGUCAUCGAGGCUGUCAAGGAUGCUUGGGAAAACUACAAACCUGAGAUCGAAAUCCAACAGAUUGGAUUGGAGCGGGAUGAGGUUCUUGAUUGCCUGAAGGAAGGACUAGAACAGUAUGCACCACGUCAAGAGACCCCUCAAGGUGCGACACGGGACGAGGUAUUCCAAGCAAUUGUCGAGGGACUGAAGCAUUUCGUCCCCCCGCAAGUUGAUACGCCAGCUAGUAUCUCCCGGGACGAAGUAAUCGAGGCUGUUAGGGAAUGUCUCGAGGACUUUGAGUUCCCUAUUGCGCCCUCGAAUAAUGACCUAACUCGGGAUGAUGUAUUGGACGCUGUCAAAGAGGGCAUAAACUCUACCCACAGUACCGCGCUUGUACCCCACGGGGGUGAAAAUACCGAGAUCAUUGAGCGCCUUCACGAUAUUAUGCAGUAUAUGCGGGAGGAGUUUAAGGCCGUUUCUGAAGAGGCGAAGCAGAAUGUUGCUGCGAAUGGUAGAGACACGGAGCAGGUCUUGGACGCUACUCGGGAUGGCUUUGAUCAGCUGCGAACACAUAUGGAAGGCUACGUCAACCAAGCUGUGGGGACCUCCAGCCAUGAGGAACUCAUGUCUAACCUAGAGAAUGGGUUUGAACAACUUCGCGCACACAUGGACGAAUUUGUCGAAAAAGUCUCAGGCCCAUCUGGCCAGGAUGAAUUGAUGGCCAAUAUCGCCAGCAACCUCGAAAAACUGCGGGCACACGUAGAGAACCCCGCUGACAGAGCUCUCAACACAUCCAAUGUCUCGGAUCAGGACGAGCUGAUGACGAACCUCACCAGCAAUUUCGACCAGCUACGAGAGCACAUGGAAGGCUACGUCGACAAGGCUUCCGGUGCUUCUAAUCAAGAGGAACUCAUGAGCAAUGUCGUCAACAGCUUUGAUAUCUUCAAGGAAGAGGUAUCGGAGCUUGUUGGAAAGGCUUCCGAUGGCUCCAGGGAUAUGAUCAGACAAGAAAUCGAGUCGCUCCGAGAUACAGUGAAUUCCUCGCUUGUUCCUCAUGUGCCACAAAUGAGCGACAAUCGAGAUGUUCUUGAGGCAAUCCGUGACAGUAUUGAACGAAUACGAGGAGAAUUGCUUCGUCCUCAUGCCGGCACCACGGAUAUCCUCGACGCCUUACACGAGGGUUUUAGUGACUUGCGACUCAGCAUCGAGAAAGUAGCCGACAAACCAGCUGAUUUAACAGCCAAUGACGAGAUCCUUGAUGCUCUUAAAUCUGGGUUAGACGGCGUUCAAACAAACAUCGACUCCCUGCGCGAAAAUAACCAGGACAAAGCUGUGGCAACCGUCGCCACUGCCGAGGAGGUAACAAGCACGGCUCUCAUCCCUGCGGAUCUUGUCAAGCACGGCGACAUCAAAAAUCUCGAGGUUAUGAUGAUACAGAUGAGAACGAAGAUGGAGUCCAUGGAGGCACCACAAUCUCAGCCGCCUGCGGAGGGUCUAUCUAAAGAUGAUCUUGCUGAGUUAGAGGAGAUGCUCAAGAACGGCUUAUCUAAAGAGGAUCUCAAUGAAAUGGAGGAAAUGCUUCGGAACAUGCAGGAGUCGAUGGCCGGCAUGUCGGGUAUGUCAAGUAGUAGAGACAAAGACGGCGAGCCUUCGGGUCCUCCUGCCAACCCCGACGAUGCUGCUACAAAAGAGGACGUACAGGCUAUUGAGACAAUCCUUCGAAACACUAAAGCCCGCCUUGAAGAUCUAGCUGACGGGGAACAAUCCGUCCGAAAAGAUCAUAUUGAUGCAGUUGAGGCUCUCGUGCUUGAGACCAAAGAUUCUCUUGCGGCACUCACUAGUCAGCUAGAAACAGUUUCCCGAAAAGAAGAUCUUCUCUCUCUCGAGUCUCUCGUAACCCAGAUCACCACCUCUUUGGAUGAGGCGAAAGAACGAGCCGAGAAAUCCCUCGACGAUCCCGACAAGGUCACCAAGACACAUGUUGCUGCCGUUGCGGCAGCCGUCCUUGACGUCAAGGCCCUUGUUGAGCAGAUGGUUAAUUCUGGUAUCGCAGCUCUUCCCUCCAAAGACGAUCUCAAGAAUCUUGAAGACGCCGUAACAGAACUCAAGGAUAACUCUACGAUGCUUGCUGAAUCAAAUGCGGCAGCGUUUGAAGAGAAACAUGCAGGCGUAGGUGAGCGAGUCACGGAAGUCAAGGCCUUUUUAGAAGAGUUCCAAGGCUUGGUCAAGGAUAGACUCGAGACUGGCGGUAACGCUGUUGAGUCAUUAGGCAAGCUUCUUGAAGGCCUCAGUGAAACGGUGCAUCGGAAUGCCGAUGUUGGCAGUAACCUGAAGGAGAUGUUCGAGUUAGUCAAGACUGAAUUCGAGGAAUCCAAGUCUAGCGUAGUAGGUGCCAAGAUGGACACUGACGAGAAAAUCAAGGAAUCUACCGAGGCGUUAGGAAACAAGCUCGAAGGGAAAAUUGGCGAACUUGUAACGAAGUAUGACGAGUUCCAGCUUGUUUUGGAAGAUCGGUCAAAAACAUCGGAAGAGAGAGAUGAAGGGAUGAAAGCGGCUAUGGUCAACACAAACACGAUCGCGGAGGAACUCAAGGUUCUCAUUGACACUCUUGGAUCAACUGUCACCGACUCCCUUGAGAAGAUGGAAGAAGCAUCGAAAACUGUCUUCGAGAAGGUCGAAACGCUUUACGGCAAAACCGAGGAAAACCAUGCGGAUGGCAAGAAUGAACAUCAAAUGACUCGUGAUCAUGUCAAGCAGGCAAUCAGUGCCGUCGAAGGCCUCCAAGGCCAUGUCGGCGAUUAUCAGCCAAAGAUUCUCGAGUCUAUCAAGGAAGUGCUCCUCAUUGUUGGGCAACACUAUGAACAUUCCAGAAAUUCGGAGAACGGCAUCUUACGCAAGAUUGAGGAUGCCAAGCCCGAGCCCCUACUUCUACCGCCUCCUCCUGACAAAUACGACGACAGUUUGGUGCAGUCAAAGCUAGACAAGUUGGACGGCGAGGUUCUUACUAUCCGAGAGAAUCUGGAUUCUGGAAUGCAUUCCAAAUUAGAUAAGCUAGUCGACCACACAAACACUGCCAAUAAGGCUUAUGCCCAGUUGUAUACUCUCGAUAUGGUGCACCAGCAGGUGGUCAAGACAGCCGCCGAUAUCUCGGAGUUCCUUUCGUCGCAAAAACAGCGCAUCAAUGACGAACAUGAAGACCGUGAAAAGACUCUUCAGGAGACAACAAUCCAAUUAGAGCGGUCGAAAGUCGAGAAAGAUCAGGUCGAAACCAAUCUAUUGUAUCUAAAAGACGAGGAAGCCCAAUUGCGCGACACCAUUACUACGCUGAGGGCUGAGCAGGAUUCGCUUACCCGACAGAAGACUCGGCUAACAGCAGACGUAUCCUCUCUCGAGACCGCUCUGCAUCUUCGACGGGAAGAACUUCACGCCAUGGAUGCGCGGGCCGAAGGGCUGGAGCGUAGGAUACUUGAAGGUGUCCUAGAUCAUUCCCGUGCCCUACUCAUGACCAAGUCCUCUUUGAAGGGCCGCGAAGCUAUGAGCCGCAAACGAGUACCCGGCGCCAGAUCUAGUCUAGGGCCCUCUGAUGAGCUUAACUCUACUCCCAAGCAGGCCAAGCCUCGGGCAGUUAACAUAGCCGUAAACAGUGGUAGAGCUAGUCUUGUCCCACAGAACCCUGCAAGCGCCGGUCGUCGGAUUCUAAGUCUCAGCCAGAUCACGAAUAACGUGCCUACGGGUGGUCUUAAGCGCAGCCAGAGCGUUCGUACCCCGGCUGGUACAGGGGUGCGAAAGGGUAGCUGGGCACCGGGGAAAAGUGGUCCUCGUAAGGGCUAUGGCGAUUUGGACAUGGACAAGGAGAACGUGGACUUAGUGCGCGAAAGCGACGAGGAGGCACGCGAAGAUUCUCCAGUCGCCGAUUCAGAGCCCGACACCCCUAUAGGAGACGAGACUGUUCUAGUUGGAGGCCAUGCCAAUGGCAAGGAUCCAGGAGACAAAGGAGGCGAGGAGGACCCUAUGGAGAUGUUAUCCGAGCCCGAUGAUGGCGAUGCGGAAGAGACAGAAGGAGGGGAGAGUGAGGCUGGUACCACCGUCAUGACAGGCGCGGCGACUGAGAGCGGGUAUAUCAGCGACGAACAAAGCCAUAGUGAGUGGGCUGAAAGCGCCGUCGGCGUGGACAGUGUCAUCUCCGAAAGCAUUGCCGACACCGAUAGCAUCGCGGGUGAAGGCGAAGUCUUGGUGUAUAAUACCUAACGAAUCUCCUGUAACAUAAUACGGGAUUCUAAAUCUUGGGGAUCUAAUCGAGGGAAGGAAUGGCGGGUGUUCUGCUUUGGAGUACUACAGGGCGGCUUUACCUGCUUCGUUUUUUUCACUCGUGUUUUAUUCAUCACGGUCGUUGGAUGAAGGUGGGGGGGAGGGGCCUUACGGUUGGGAGGGGGAUGAGGUUAUGUCUUUGGU